AGUUCCAACCCAUCUCUGAUGAUCAUCUCAUUUAUCUUGUGGGCAAUCCAUUUAUCUGGUGGCCGUCAUCCAUUAUCAUCGCCAUUCUUCCACCUGUAAGCAUCUUCAUUUUUCAUGUUCAACGACGAUGCGCUCUUAUAAAAGAUGAAAAAGUGUUGAAACACAUGUAUACAUGCGUUGCUUUGUUGCUAGCUUGGUGCUUGCAUUACAUGCCGUACAUGCUUGUGAACAGAGUUUUGUACAUCCACCAUUACCUCGUCGCUGCCCUCUUCAAAAUCGUCUGUGCAGUUUUAAAGAGAAAGUUCAUACUGAGAAGGCUUUGGAAAGAGACAUGGGAACAAAGGUGCAUGAUUGCAAGAUUGGGAAAAGAAGCAGUUGAUGAGAUUUUAAAGGCUCUGGAGCAACUGCCUUCUCGCGGUGGAGCCGAUUGGACCGUCAAAUCAGUCGAUCCAACAAAAACCUGCUACAACUGGCAUCACCUCAGCAAUUGCUUAACAAACAUCAACGGUCAUUACUAUUGUAAUAACUGUCCUCACCCGUCCUCAAACUCAAGCGGCACGUCGGCGUCUGCUGGCGCCUCACGGCGGCCAACUUCAACAUCAUCAUUCAACAGCUCAGCCUGCAACAAACCAUCAACAUCACAAGCAGUAAAUGCCGGACAGUUAAAUUUCCUUCAACUAAACUGUAACGGCAUAAAAAACAAUCUAGAGGAAAUUCAGCAACACCUCAUAAAUCACAACAUCCACAUCGCAGCCCUUCAGGAGUCCAAACUAACAAAAGGCUCCUAA